AUUUUUUAUCUGUCAAGUCACAAAAAUAAAUUUCCUUUCUGCUCUUGUCAAAUUGAAGCGAGUCCCCGUUGAUUCCAUUUGUACCGAUAAUUCCUAAAUAAAGGAAUCUUACCGUAACCUCAAAAUAAUCUCACAAGAGCUCAAAGAUGCCAGAACUGACUGAGCUGGACAAGGCCACCGCCUCCAUGACCGAGAAGCGCAAGGAGGAGACCGCAUCCUCGGACAGUGACUCUGAUGACACUAUCCCGGAAUUGGAAGAUGCUGGUGCACCAGGCACUGGAGGCAUCUCCAACCCGAUCGCCGGCAUCGACAUCGUUUCAAAGGCGAAACAGUCCCGUGGCGAGAAGAAGGCGCGCAAGAUCAUGAGCAAGCUUGGACUUAAGCCUGUACAAGGUGUAAACAGAGUCACAAUCAGGAAAUCAAAGAACAUUCUGUUCGUCAUCAACUCCCCAGACGUAUACAAGAACCCUCACUCGGACACCUACAUUGUCUUUGGUGAAGCCAAGAUCGAGGACUUGUCUCAACAAGCCACCAUGGCUGCUGCUGAGAGGUUCAAGGCUCCCGAGAGUGCUGCCGCCGGAAAUGAUGCUACUGCUGCUGGCACGACGGUAGCCCCCAUAGCCGAGGAAGAGGAUGAGGAGGGAGUGGAUGAGACCGGCGUCGACGAGAAGGACGUGGAGAUAGUGAUGUCCCAAGCGAACGUGUCGCGAGCGCGAGCCGUGCGCGCGCUCAGGAACAACCAGUCGGAUAUCGUCAACGCCAUUAUGGAGCUGACUAUGUAACACCAAUCAAAAUCCUGAGAAUAGUCAAGAGUAUGUUAACUGUUCCUAGCUUUAAGUCUCUGAUAACUUGGUCCAUAUGAGCGGGAGCGAGGAUAUACCUGUCUCCCUUGCACAGAAACUGAAAGAAUCCAAAGGUCGUGGUCGACGUAUAAUUUGUACGGUACGGGAAUGUAUAUAGGCUUAUUUACUUCAAUACAAUAAAAUUACGGUAAAACUA